AAAUCGAUGGCCGUACCCGUCCCAAUACAGAGCUCAACUUUUCGAUCAUCGCUCGUAUUGAUAAGGUAAAAGUGAGGAAGCACCUUUAACCCGUGUACAGCUUGUCCGAGUGUGGCCAGUGUUGUUUCCGAAUCCGUUAAUCUCGUCGGCGGGAGCCCUUUUUUCCGGCCGGAAGCAAUACGAAACACACGCGCACACUUACACGCAACUCACAACAAACACACACGCAUACCCAGCAGCAGCAGCACGGCGGCACAGCGGCCGAAUCCUUGAAUUGUUUGUCUGUGUGUGUGUGUGUCUGUGUGUGUGUGCAAGUGUGCCUGUGUCCGUGGUCCUUGCGAGAAGGAGAAGACGUGUUUGUAAGUGUGGUGUGCACGUGCAGCAUAAGUGGUUGGUUGGUGUUGGUAGGUGUAGGUGAAGCGGAAACAAGUGCGUGAGUGCAAGUGUUGUACGCCCAACCGCGCCGCAUAAAGGGAGCGAUAGAAGAGGCGUCCCCAUCGUCAUAUCCCCCAUUAACCGGCGUCAUCAUCCUCAUCGCAUCAUUAUUGUUGGCCCGUGGCCGCCCUUUGAUCGUCGCCCAAGUGGUCGCCCAGCCCACCUUCCCCAGGAAAGAAGAAGUGCGUGCGUGUAUUUUGAGUGCAUGUUGUUCUUGUGUUGGCCGUCGGUUUAGUUGUUCGUCGUGCAGCUUCUCUCCCCCCACACAAUCGUCAUUCUGUGUCUCUUCAAAUUGCAGGCAAGGCCAGGCUAGUUGCAGUGAUAUACAAGAGCGAAGUGUGCAUCUUGGUGAUGCAGUGAAAGCCCCGCGGGAGCAUUAUAUUUAUCACGGUUCUAAUAAUUAGCGCGCGCGCGUGUGUGUGUAUUGUGUCUACACGACCACUGAGCAAGGAGGAAAAAGCAAAGAAUAGAGCGUGUGGUGGUGUAACUGUUUUCGUUUGCGGAAACGAGCGUGAGGCUUUGAUUUUUGGGGCGUCUGACACGACCAACCCGCCACCACAACGGAAGCACCGGGCGUACGUUCGCCUCGCCUGCGCCAACGCUUGCUAGGACGACGAUCGCGUGGAGGACGACGGUAGCAGGACUCGACGCUUCCUGCGCACACGACGAACUCCAACGACGAUCGCGAAUCCUUUCCAUCGAAAGGAACAGAAGCGGCGAGAACGACGAAGACGACGACGACGAUCCGCUGACGAUCGCCGUUGCACAAUCACAAUCUUCCAGACGCGUCGGCGGUGACCUGCUGCAUCAGCCAGCAGCAGUAGUAGUAGCAGCGGCAGCCAAGCGGAUUGGGACGCGCAUACGACGACGGUGUUAACCACCCCCCCGCAGCCCCACCAUAUCCCCCGCGUGCGAGCAAACCAAACGUCCGAACGACGGAAACCAGGAAGCAAAUUGAAAGCAGGAGGAUGGAUUGCAAACGGAUUUUGCGCUGCUCGGCACUAGUCGUGCUAGUUUUAGUCACCCUAGUAAAUGCACAAAGCUCAGGUGCACACAAGCGGGAUCUGAACAAUCUGUACCAAGUGAUCUAUUACGGUGACUCGCAGGUCGAGGUCGGGAAGCCGUUCUCGAUCUCGUGCAUCAUCAGCAUCGCCAACCCGGUCGAGUGGCACAAGGACGGCGAACCGAUCCGGAAGCACAGCAACAUCCGCCACGGCAAGGAUGAGCACAGUUACAUCGAGAGUGAGAUGGGCAUCGCAGGAAAUCGAGACAAAAUCGAAGCAUCGAUCAGCGUCCAGCGCGCCCUGCCGAAGCACCAGGGCCGGUAUCAGUGCAACGCGCUGUACAAAAACUACCACCAGCUGUACGUGUACCGGAACGGUACGCUGCUCGGCCAUGGUGCUGCCGCCGCUACCGCCGCCGUACCGGGCCCUUCAAGGGGCCGCGAUGAGCUGCAGGUACUGUUGAGCACGGUCAAAUCGACGCUCGUAGCGCCCCUGCAGCAGCCCAUCGAGCAUCAUCACUUCACGACGGCGGUAGCGCUCGCUCCGGGACCGCCCAUCGUGGACGAGGAACUGCCGCGGGAACACGAACGCGAUCGGGAGUCCCCGAAAGGCGGGCACAGUCCACACCAUCACAGGCAGCAGGCAGGGCAGGGCCAUCGACACCAUACAGCCACCGGGGAGAAGCAGCCCGACCACUCCAGCCCGGCGAUGGGCAAAGAUGACUCGAAACGGUUCGUCAGCCAAAAGACGACCACGAUCGACCAGAACGGACUGCUGGAACAGACGCAGGUGGAAGAUUUGGAUCGGGAUUUCGCUCCGGUGCUGCACAACACCGACCACCGAGGUGCUUCACCGAUGAUGGGCAAAGGUUCAAAGAAGCAGCACUCCAGCGCCGGAAGAGUACACGUACCGGUGGAAACGCGAGAAGAGGAUGAAGAUGAGCAAGAGGAGAUGAUUGGUGGCGGCGAUGUGGCGGAGGCGCGCGAAGGCCUAGAUCUCGAUACCACCGGUACCGAUGCGGAUCACGCCGAGGACCUCAUUGAACCCGAUACGGAAAUCGUUAUCGAAAGCAAGGCUAUCUCGCUCGAGGACGAGAACAUCGACCGGUUGAUCCAGAACAAGAGCGACAUCAACGGGAUCAUCCUGGUGGACAGCCUGGAGGAGCUGGCGACGCUCCGCAAGCAGCCUUCGUCCGCCCUGUUGCCCAUACUGCCCACCCGGGAGGCCAUGCUGAGCAACGGCUCGAGUGGGUUUUCCCUGGCCGUCAGUACCGUGGGGCCGAUGCUGACCGGAGCCGUUUCGAAGGACGGUGGCAGUGCGAUGCUCCUCACCAGCGUCGCUCCACCACUGGAGCAGGAUAAUACAGUGCACCACAACCAUCACCAUCACCAUCACGAACAUCACGGAAGCUCGUCGUCCUCGUCGUCGACCGCAGCAAAGAUGGCAACCACUUUAACGGCCACUACGUCUACUACUACAACCACAGCUAGUACUACUACCAUCACAACUACUACCACUACGAGCACCACCACCACAACGGCGGCUCCGCCCGCGACGACCACCAUCGCGGCUGCCGAUGUACUGCUGCCUAACUACGACCAAGCCAGCACUAGUUUAAAAAUAUUCGAUAUAGCAAAAGCAUUGACGCUCGGUUGUAACAUUACACAGGAAGGAAAUUUUGAGUUAAGUUGGGCAAAAGACGGUAAGAACGUAAGUGAAGUCGAAUCGCUAAAAGACCGCUUUAAGAUACUGGCGGCCGAGCGAAAGUUCGUCAUCAGUCGGGCGCUGGAAACGGAUGCCGGACAGUACACGUGUAGCGUACCACAAUUGGGUGUAUCGAAAAGUUUUAACGUAGUUGCUAAUGUUGUUGUUAAAUUUGAAAGCACAGAAAUAGGCAAAACUAACAUAGUGGAGGGCGAACGGUUGACGCUGCACUGUAUAGCUUACGGAACAGAUCCUAAAAUCACCUGGACAGUUGGCAACAAUACUUACAACGCGUCGACAGAUCACAUCGUGCUGGAGGAGGACGAGAGGGGCGUCGAGAACGCGAAGCUUAUCAUCGAUAGCAUAAAGCUAGACGACUACGCCGACUAUACCUGCGAGGCACGAAACAAUGCCACCGAGUUUACGGGCAAACCGGCACAGGUUCUGAUCACCGUUAGAGUAAGAGGAAAAUAUGCGGCCCUUUACGUUUUCCUGGGUAUUAUUGUGGAAGUUGUUUUACUGUGUGCGAUUAUUUUAAUAUGCGAAAAAAGACGUAACAAGACAGAGAUCGAGGAAAGUGAUACCGACCAGAGUCCCGACCAGAGAAGGCGAAAAGCUUCCCGAAAUUACAACUAAUGAUAAGUCUAGCGCUGUAAGACGAUCGAGCUGAUCGGGAAAGGAAAAGCAGAAGAACAAAGAAUCUCUAAACAUGAAUUGUUGACCGCGUAGAGCGAUGGGAGGGUCUCCGUUUGGAACCGAUUGCUGCCUGUUAGCGCAAGAGAUAGAGAGAGAGAGAGAGAAAUAUAGAGAGAGAUAGAGGGAUAAUGGGAGAGUAAGUGAAAACAAGUGGUGUGCGUAUCGAUAGGCUAAAGCAGCAUCUCUACCAGCUUAACUAAUAAGAACAAAACAACAACAACAAAACACUUACACACGUAUUUACUUUAAAACACUCAACUCACAAAACCAACUCUGCGGAUAGAUACCGGUACUUUUGAGAAUAGAGUAAAGGAGGUAACGUAUUCCGUUGCGAUUAAACGGGAUUAAAAGGAGCAAAAGAAUCAGGCCACGUUCAGGGCGCGCGCUGCUAUAUAGAAUCGAAUUCAAAAUCUAAAUUAAAAAGAAAAGAAAAAAAAAACAUACGAUGAGCAGAAAGCGCGCACACACACACGUCAAGUGACAGUUAUGUGGGGCGUGGGUAGAAAAAAAAAAAACAAAAAAACCAAAAACCAAAAGAAUAAAAUCGAUAGCUAUAAAAGCAGCAGCAAUCGGAGCUGUCCGAAGGACGGUUAAAACCCCUAGACAUUAAUACGAUGCGUAGUAGUGCGUAGUGUAAUUUAUGAUGAAGAAUCUUACUAUAAAAAAAAACAUAAAGGAAAAGCCACGACAUCUAACAAACAACAUCAUCGGUUGAUCGCUAGCGGCGCCAUACCGCGUGGGGGGCGUGUUCAACUGGAAGCGAUGGGGGGGGGGGGGGGGGGGGGGGGGGCAGGGACAGAGCCCCGUCGCAACACAUACAAAAACACACAACACCGACACAGGACCUCCCGUCGUGAGUGAUGGGGUGGGUUGGGGGUUGUUCGAGGAGGAAUAUGUUGGAUCACCAUGCUGCCAAGAGUGUGUGAGAUAAGCGAAUCCCCGGAUGCGAACGAUGUGUAAUUAAGGACAUUCUCGACCUAGUGACAUUUGAUGAACAAUUGAACGUUUAUAUUGAAUCCCACCACAAAGCGCGAAAGAGAGAUAGAGCGAGAGAGAGAGAGAGGGCAAGAGGGAAAGAGAUGCGAUUGAAGAGUUUGUAGCCGUUACUUAUCCUUACCACACCAAAAAGAAAAAAGAACGAUAACGAAGAACAAGAAGAUGUUAAAAACCACUGACAGCUAAUACAGAGAACCAUAAGGCUUAUUGUGUAAUCGGAAGUGUUGCAAGGUUGACGCCGGGAACGAUCACCAAUGAGACAUUAUGCGCCGAAGCAGCUAAAGGAAAGCCGAGAUAGAUAUCGGUUAAUCAUGGAAGUGAAAAACGUUUAAGGAGAAUCGUAGACGAAACACGUUUUGAGAACAUAACCUCAUCCACGCAUUUGCUGCUGCUCCUCGAGUGAAGAGAAAACGGUGGAGAAGGAGAAAGGUAACAAUACCGAACACCGUAGAACUCCGAAACAAGCUCUUAACACUGUGCUUUACCGAGUGGGCGAUGGAAAACGUUCACAAUUUGAUGCAGGCUCUAGUAGAACAUAGUAGAUUUAAUAAGAAACGCCCCUCUCUUCUACAUCUAAAAAACCGAAUCGGUAUGAUGCGAGCAGAUAAAUCGUUAAAAGAAACACUCACACACUGUUUUAUUAAAAACCCAGUAAAAAAUGAAUCACAUCCUUCGCUUUCACCCGUCACACCACCAUACACCAUUUUCUCGCACUCUCUUGAUCGAUAUAAUAGUGUACGUGCAUGCGUAUUUUUUCGCAAAGUAGUAGUCAAACACGGUACGAGUAAAAAGGGCGCAACCCUUACAGCGUUUGUGUAAAGUCCAGUACAGAGGCCUAGAACAAAAAACGAACUCCCGAGCACUCCGAAGCAUUCGAGUAAAAAGCAACAACAAAAAAAGUACGAUUUACCAUCUGUCACCAUUUUGGGUCUUUCAACUUCUUCAUCUUAUCGUACCCUUUCCCCUUAGCCCCAUCUAAAUGUCCUCGACCCUCUGCGCCUCUCUCGAUCGAACACGAAACAGAGAGAAACACACACACUCACACACACAUACACGAUGAAAUCGAUAGCUUUACAUCCGUUGUCCUUCAUAGCAGUAGCGUUUCGGAAGCUGCAGCUGCUGCUAGCUGCUACUACUACUACUACUACUACUACUACUACUACUACUGCUAUCAAUACUCUCUACAAAAAAAACUGUAACUACUACUCUAUGUAACUUUUACUACUAUUUCAACUAUACUUAGAUAAUUGAAGAAAAGCGAUUGAAAAAUGAAUGAUAACGAAGAAUGGAUGGGAACAUGCUUUAAUAACACUUAGUGUGACGAGAGAAGACUUAUGCUUUCAUUUCCAUCCGUCGGUGAACAGGGAAAACGAGUUGUGCUUUUUCUUUUGACUUCUCUCUCUCUCUCUCUCUCUCUCUCUCUCUCUCUCUCUCUCUCUCUCUCUCUCUGACUCUCUCUUUCUUGCAUGUUCCUUUCUUCAUCUUCUCGUCUUGUGAUUUAAUUAGUUAGCAACUGUUAGUAGCAGAGGCCUUUCCUUCCUUGUUUUCGUAGAGUCGUCGUAACUGCUAUCGUAGAAGAAGAGGCGCGCGAAUUUAAACGAACCAUUUCAACAACCCUUUUCACACCACCGCUCCUGCACAUAAAACACACACACUCUCUUCUUCUGUAAACUCAUCUUCAUCUUUUCUCAUUAGUGUAUUAUAUUUCUAUAUAAUAACAAAGAAGAAUAAAAAAAAGGUAAAAGAACAAUUCACGUAGAACACGAUUAUAAGCUCUGCUGGUAGUGUGAAACGCAUUUUAAAAAAGAGAAAACAAUAUGAAACGCGAAGUUCGCGGGCCCCUCCUCGAACACGUACCGGCAAAUGGGGUUCCAGUAUUCCAGUGCAAAAGCGGUAAGAAACGGAUGCAAAUCAUACAUACCUAAUAUGACAGGGGGAACUGCGCUGAUCAUACCAAACCAAUGAAAGUACAGUAACACAACAGCAACCAAACUCUCACACUAAACGAACACAUGAAUCAAUCGAUAACGCAAGUAUUUUGUACCUUGUUCCCCGUUGGUCGAGCCGAUAGCCGGGACGAAUCGAUUUUGCCAGUUUCGUGUAACAUUUGAACGAUCGCCCGAUGAAUGGAGGUUGCAUUAGUUUGCAUCGAGUAUUAGCAAUAGCGCGCCACCGGAGGGCCGGGCCGGAGGUUUAACGUUGCUGCAUGCUUUUGCACACUCACACUGUACAUAUUGUAAGAUAAAAAGAUCAGACGAAGAACAAGAAAAAAAAAACAGAAACAAAGUAACAGCUAAAAGGGAAUAUUGAUGGUGGCGAUGGAAAAAGCAAAACUAAGCAGCAAAGAGAAUGUAGAACGCGGGCAUAAGCGCGGGUAAAUAAUUUAGAGAAUUAAAAUAAACAAAUCCAGAAUAUAGAAGAAAAAAGGGGAUUAGUGAAAAGGAGAAGCGACAAACUAUGCGAGUAAACGCUAAAGCGCAAGAGCACUCCGUAGAAAUGUAAUAGGCAUAUUAAUUGGAACGCGAUAAUAGUAAAAGGACAAGGACAAACUGGGGGAAGAAUUAAAAUAUCUCGAAGCCAAUACCCAAAAUAUUGCGGCAAAACGGAAAACAACUCUCUAGCAUUAUGAAAUGGCAUUAAAAAAAAACGGCACACGCGUGUGAGUUUUAGUAGUGUAUGCAAAUGAGCGUAUUUUUCUUUAGCUCUAUCUUACGGGGUUCGUUUUUUUAGUUUGAACACAGCCAGCCAGACAUACUUACACUUACUUAUUUUUCCUCUCAAUGUGCGUUAUUGGUUUACCUGUUAGCUAUGUAAAAAAAACAAACACACACACAAGGAAUUUUGAUCUUUCCUCGUUUCCGUAGCGCAGGUAAGGCACCGUAUAGUAGAAUAGUAGUUUAGUGCAAAAAUGAUGUAGUUUCCUUAUAAAGAAAAAAGGCAAUAUUCUCACAACCCCUUUUCGCUCGAAACAUGAACACAAACACCACGAAUUCUUAAUCGAAAGACACAAAAUUCAAUGCUUAAGUGCAGUAACAAUCGGGGAAAAACAAAAUAAGACACUGUAACUGUAUAAACCUUGAGGCACACUUGUACGACCAGCGUACAAUGAUGCAAUUGCAACUGCAAUUGAUAAAAGUGGAUUUAUUUUUCUAAAGAAAGAUAACUAUUCGAAGAAAAAAAUUAGACAAAACGUAAAGGUAAUGAACACUUCAAGCAGAAGUAAGAAAUCUCACUAAGAUUGAUCUGAAAAGUGUUUUACUUUUCAUUUAAUUUGUUUAAACAUCUAGUCUAUUGUGUUGUUCCUACCAAAUCAUUGUGCGCUGUGGUUGAAUUUUGUUUACAUUCUUCCUUUGUUUCUUUAAAAGGCAUUGAAUUGUAGCUUUUAGUAACUAAUUACCGAUCAAGCAAAAACAACCCCUCCAAACAAAAACGGCAAUCCAACGAUUCUACACCAACCCUCCUUCUCCUGCCGCAUCCUCUCCUUGCCCACAAGCAAAUCGGGUGUGGGUGUGUGUGUGUGUGGAAUGCGAGAAUUUGUUUACUAGUGUCGCCUUAUCGAAUGAGUAAGUUUGAGGAAGAUUAAAUUUGUAAUGUAAACACUUCACGAGACACACACUUAAUUGCUUAGAGAGAAGAGAGUAAAAGAGAGACAACCCCUAGAGUAAAAAUGCUAAAAAUUACGAAGCAAAACACGCAAAUUGCAUCUCGCGUACCGCCGCUGUAAGUAGAACAAAUAAAAACACGCGAAACCGCACGAGUCAUUAUUAAUAGGACGAAAGAAGCGGAGGAUGUAAACAGAUAAGAACUGUGGUGGAGAAAAAUUGAAAAGAAAAAAAAAACAAAAUUGCCCACAAAUUUUCUUUUACCGUCAGUGUAGAGAUUGGAGCUGGAAAAUGAGACGCGAAAUGAUAUAUAUAUACAUAUAUAAAUAUGCAAUCCAAUAUAGCUGCAAGCUAACGUUUAAAGCAUGAAAGUUAGCACAACAAACAAAGAAGAGUUGCACGAGCGCGAGAAAGAGAGGUAAAGAAAGCGUUUCCGACUUGUUCAAGUGACGAAGGGGUUUAAGCCAACCUCGCCGCUAAACAAGUUUAGCGCAGAUUAUCAAAAAAUGGAAGAAGAACAAGUAAACCCAAGAAGCGAAUGAAGACUUCGUGUUCAUAGCCUUUCGUAUUGCAAUAAUAGUAGUUGAUGGGAUAAAAAGUGUGUAUUGAAAUUUUACGCGUUAUUUUUCCGUUUCCGUUUGCCAUCUUUCCUGCGCGAGAGGAUCAUUGGGUUUAGUGUUGGACACGAGCGCUUAAGAUCUCUUUUUUGUGUUGUUUUGUAUUUAAUAAUUCUAAUCCUAUUGUCCUAGAUUAGUCUCCAAUGACAGUCGAACUGUUUCAGCAACUGUUUUCCUAUUCAGAUCACACUUUGAAUUAUGCAUUAAGCGAGCAAAAUUAAUUCGUCCCAGCCAGUUUCUCCCUUUGGCCCCAUUUUAUUGUAUCGGAAGCGAUGGCGAAGGGAAAACAAAGAAGAAGAAGAAGAAAAUAUAUCACCAAAUUGUGUGAGAUAUGCGCAACGUACGAUCACAGAACUGUAGAUAUCUUAAAUAAAAUACUUGCAAAAUACGCAUUAUUAUGCAUUAAACCGGAAAACAGAAUAGAGAGACAUAAUCGGCCGACCGGUCCGAGGGCGACGAAGAAAUGGAAGCGCGCCAGUCAUAUUGAACUAAAUACAAAAAGGUUUGAGCGAAUGGAACAGUGAAAACAAAAACCCACAGCAAGGACACACAUAAAACAGUCAAACACACUCAUACAGCACAGUCAGAUAAGAAAACAAAAUCAAUCGAGUCGGAUGGUUCACAUUAACGAUCAACUAAAAAUAGCACAUAAACCGUUUUUAAACCCCACAAAACAGCCACAAACGAGGCGAAACGAGAGUUAGAAGAAAGCAUUCGCAACAACACCGUGUACGAUCGCGUUUUUAGUUUUCAGGCCUCCUUUGAUGAUCGUUGUUGAUCCGUGAUUCUUCGUCGCAUCUCUUAGUGUGCAAUAAAGCCGUGUGUUCAAAAUGCGACAUAUAAAAAGAAAUAUUUGCAAAACGGUAACUCUUUCAACGUCGUUUCACCUCGGUACGGAUUCUCAGUGUUCCUUAUUUAUUCAUUCUAUGCACAACGUGCGUGUGUGUGUGUGUGUGGGUGCGUGCGUGUGGGUGUGUAGUAGGACCUUGUCGAUCACUCACUACUAAACGAAGCAGAUUAAUUUCUGUUCUUAUGUAGAUAUGUUUGAUGCAUCAAAAAAGGAGGAAAAAUAAAAUUGAAAAGAACAAAAAUUACAAACAUACACCCCAGGGUGUAUAAUGUAAGCAAACGAGGGGGGAGGGGGGGGGAACAUACGCGUUUUGAAGAACGAAACUUACUUCACCACAUUCAGACAAUUUUGAUAUCACGUUUUUCAUGCACAUCACAGAAAAAAUAACCUUAAAAAAAAGAAAGUUAUUCCACUACAUUUGUGUGCACAAUUGUCAGUUGAAAAGAAAUGCAUUUUCAGCUCCCCUUUUUGCUCUCUCCCUCUCUCCUUCACCCUCACCACCAUCAAACACUUAAUGUGGUCAAACACCAAGGAAAAUGUGGUGCAAAAGCUCGGUGCAAAUCAGCUAUAAACAAUUUCCCAAUUUAGCACACACACACACACACAAACACACAGACUAAUCGUGUAUUAAAGGCUAACAAUGUAUUACUACUACAACACCUCCCCCAGAAGCAAAUCGCGACUUUUGAAAAGACUAAACUUAAGGCAAAGAGAAAGAAACAAAGCUCGGAUAAAUUGCAUUCUAAACAAGAACGAAACGAACGAAAUAUGUAUAAGAAUGUGAAAACAACAUACAUGAGAAAAAGAAGAAAACUGAAAGUAACCAAAAAAUACUCCAAUGUUCCUCUUGAAACAAAACCGACAUGAUGAUGCAAAACAGAAACGACAACCAAUACAGGAGAACAACAACAAUGAACCAGGCCGUUGACAGCCAAUUGAUAAAGUAUUGAUUUUGCAAUACUUUUAUCUUAUCACACACGACACUACUUUUACCGAACCUCCCCCCCCCCCCCCCCCCCCCCUCUCAACCCACUGAGACUGAGCGGUGUGUGUGUGUGUUAUUUGGUUGAUUUUUUACAUCGAUUGUUCGAUCAAGUGAUCGAUUGCUCGCGUGUCUCCAUACAUGUUCAUGUUCGAUCUGCACCAUCACGGGGGAAGAAUUAUCCUUUUGAAAACACGUUUCAAACUCAUAAGCAUAUGUUUCGUUGGGUGUGUGUGUAUAUUGGUUUGGGAAGGAAAAAAAACUCGGAUAAAGCACACACAGCAUUGCACAGCACUGCUCGUUACCAAAAACAGAUAUUGCGUUUCCCAGGUAGUGCGUUGAAUUAUUAGUCGUGUGUUUACUUGUUGCAACAUCGGAGAUCGUCCUUGUACACACAUACACAGCAGCAGACUCGUAGUUUGUGUUGCCUCCAAUCUAAGCGCGUUAUUAUUCUAAUUAUAAAGAUAGACCUCUGAUGCUUUAAUCCCGUCAACCCGACCGCGCCCGACAACGCGUUGUACCGCGGGGGGUUGAUGUGUGCGAAUGUGUAUUGCACUAUUUAUUUAUUCACUAACCUCAUUGUUGAUUACCACUUAAGCUGUUUAACAAACAAACAAACAAACAAAAAUCCAAAACUAUGAUGAGCGUAUGGUUAGGAUAUGAGAGGAAGAAAUAAACCACAAAACAGAUUUAAAAUUAUUGAAAAUGAUCGAGUUCAGGCGUUCUCUUUGUAGAGGUGUAUACGGUUUACGUUUGCAGUAGAAAUAUUUCGUUUUGGUUUUAAUUUCGUUCGAGUUGUGUUUGCUACUGUCAUCUAGGUACAGGUUCAAACCGAAACGCGGUCACCGUUCGCCAAUAAAUUAACAAAGCAAAAAAAAAUCCCCCACUCAGCCAUUAAAGCAAAACGGUAAACGGAUUGAUUGGUGCGUGCGCGUGGGUUUGGAAAUAUUUGUGGCAAAAUCUAUCUAUGCGACGACCGGGUAGAAUUGAAAAUACCGAUUUGUAAAUCACGAAACAACACUCUCUCAUAACAUGAAUUGCCAUUAAAUUACCCACCAUCCUUCUUAAAAAAAAAAAAACCUUCGUCACAACUGCUGCUCUCUACAGCGCAUAAGCACACACCAAAAACAAACAAAACAAAGUAAAAGAAGAAGAAGAAAAAAAACAUUAGGCAUUAAAACGUAAAAGUUAUACAACAGCAAGCAACCGAAAACUGAAAACAAAAGAAAAAAAAGAACAACAACAUGAAGCAAACCAUCAUCCGUAGUGUGCGAACGAUUUACAGUGUGUAAGGAAUGCAAAUAAACAAACAAGAAAAUAUUGUAAGCCGAAAACAAAUUUGAGUGUGUGUGUGUGUGUGUGUGUGUGUAUGAGCAAAUGAUGCAAAGUGUGCAAGUGUGUGUGUGUGUUAAAGAGUGUAAAUGCGAAAAAGAAGAAGAAUAAACAUAAAACAACAAACAAGAACAAAACUAAAACUUAGAAACAAAAAUAAGAAGCAAGAAAUAAACACACACACACACACACAGACACAUACCAAACAAGAUGGUAGAGCACCGUUUGCUGCACGUACGGUGAAGAAGAAGAAAAAAGCGGUACGAAUAGCUAAAAUAUAAAAGAAAAUGAAAAGGUAACUAAAUUUAAAGCAAACAGCAAUUGUAGGAAACAUUAACAAUUAACAACACGGAAUAAUUGCAUCAAACACUCUCACACACACGCAAACACAUACAUUCUGAAAACACGUGGAAAAGAAAAUGAAAUGAAAUAACAAACUUAAAGAAAUAACAAAACAAAAUGAAACAAACAAGCAAACAACAAAGAACAACAAAGAGAUGCAAAAUAGUGGAAAAUCACACAGUGGUACACGGAAAAGAGGGGGUAAGGAAGGUCAUUGCGGAUGGGUAACGGGGAAGCGAUGGUGAAACGGUUGAAGCCAGCAAGCAAAGAAGCAAGUAAAGGGAUGAAGAGACAGAAGAAGAAGAAGAAGAAAAAAACUACCAGAUAUUGUUAUUAUGUAUAAUGUUUGACCAAUAAAACAAAAACCAGUUGAUUUAAAAUAA